GCGCGGCUUGAGACCUGCGCGCGGCGCGUCGUCGAGGGAGAGGCCUGGCUGGCCGACGCCAAGGCUGCUGAGGACGCGGCGGCAGAGGCGGCACACCAGGCCCAACGCGACUGGGAGGAGGCUUGCGCCAAGCAGCUCCCGACGCCAUCGACGCCGCGGUCGGAGACGGCAUCCGCUGCUACGGCUAUCAACCUUUCGACGCUCGUCGACGAGGGCUCGCUGCGCUUCGUCGACGGCCCCCUCUUCGACCUGGAGGGCCUCGAGAUCGACGAGACGGAGCGCUCCGACUGGGCUCGCAUCAAGGGUGAGCUCGCCACCAGCGCGCAGGCCAAAGUCCAGGAGGCCUUGGGCCCCGCCGCUCAGCAGAUCCUCAAGCUGCGGGAGGAGGCCCAAGCUCUCCACGCCAGGCUCCAGGCCAAGAGGCCCUUCGAGCCGCUGCCAGAGCCAAGGCCAGUGCAGCUCUUGACGAGAAGAAGCGUGACACGCAAGAUGUUUAGCACCUGCGAUUGCACGGCUGCGGUCACAUAUGACGGCUCGCCUUUCCCGUUCUACGGGGACAUCUUCCUCUCGAAGGAUGACGAGCUCGCCUUCUUCCCCGACCUGGAGGCGCACCGCGACUAUCUCAACGGCCUCCGUGACAUCGACUACGACGAUUGGCAGGAGGAGUUGGCUCGCAACGCCCUGA